AUGGAGUCGCUCACUAACUCAAUGUCGAUACUAACUUUCCCUUCUUUCGAUGACAACUUCUCCUUCUACAAUUCGGUGUUAGACCAGGACAGUCUAGACCGGGAGGAGGAAAUGAGUCAGUUGAGCGAUAUUAAGUAUAAGCCCCGGCACCGGGCGUCCAAGCGGGUCGCCAAGGAUAAGCAGAUCCUCAGAGGCAAGUCAGACUGUGUCAUUCUGUAGGCUACCUGUUUUGGCACGGUAGUCUACAGGGAUUCUGUAAAUUAGAAAAGCAUACUGUUGAACACUAAAAGCAAUUACUAGAUAGGUUAAGCUCUCUGGAAUUAUCAAGGGCCAUUUUAAAUGUUACCGUACACUUUUUAGUGCAAGAAGAGAAGGCCAUGCAAUCGGCACCAUCAGCACCAAUUGACGCUACCAAGUUUGUCGCAUAUGUAACAGAGCGACGGAAAAAGAGAAUUCUGUUUAAAGGAGAAUAUUUGGUCAGUUUAAUUAUUAUAUAGUAUAGUAGUUUACUCUUUAUAUAGUAAAUAGUUUACAUAUAAUAUAGUGCAUUACAUAUUAUACAGUGUAAUAUAAUGACUAAAUAAUCAAAGUGUUGUUACCUCAAUUAGACUUUACCUUUGAAUUCCAGAUGAUAUUAAGGUCGAUAGACCCGGCCAAGUGUUCCACGGAGAUCGGAGCUCGUAUGGGUGACAGAAACCAAUACAGUGACACGUUACCGUAUGACAACACACGGGUUGUAUUGUCGACGAUCGAUGGCGAACUAGACUCACAUUACAUUAAUGCGAGUUAUGUUCAUGUAAGUUUACUAAGUGGUUAUAAUUAUUGAAAGUUACCUGUACAAACUGUAAGUAUUAUUGGGUCUUUUCUGACUACAAUUAUUGUGUCAAUAAUUAUAUUAAUUAUAACAUUUUAGAGUUGGUUGAGGGAGAAGGCUUACAUCGUGACGCAAUCCGUGAAGACGAAGAAUGCGAGUAAUGACUUCUGGAGGAUGGUUUGGGAGCAACGGUCUAACGCCAUUGUUAUGCUUACCAAGGUGUUCGACUUCAUGAGGGUAUGUUAUCACUGUCUUAUUGUGACAAGGAGUUUUGUCCCUUUUUUGUUUUUUAUUUUGUCAGUCUAAAGUUUCCGGAUACUCAACUCAUGCCACCUUGUUUUAGGUAAUGUGUGUCAAGUACUGGCCAUUGGAAAAGUUCCAAUUCCGCCAUAUUGAAGUAGAAAUGCUGGAAACAAAGACAUACGCUCACUUUGUAAGUACCCCUCCUGUGUUGAUUGACACUGCUUUAGGUGAUACGAACAUUCAGGCUGCGGAAUCUGGAAGAUUCAGAUGCUAGUAACACGAGGAUAGUCAAACACUUUCAUUUCACGGAAUGGGAACUCAACUCAUUCCCUUAUGUCAGCGCUUUCAUUGAGCUACGACGACGGGUACGACAGUGGGUAGACGCGAAUCCGGCCGACGCUCCACUCAUCGUGCACUGCAGGUAG